GUGAUUUCACUAAAGGUCACUGGAGCGUGGAUCCGCACCCACGUGACCAAAAUUCUCCGGUGGAGGACACAUACGGGUCCCUGUACAUGUUAGUGGAUGGGAAAAGUCGCAUUUUCCCACCCGUUAAAAACAUAGAAAACGGCGAGGUUGAGAGCUGCAAUUUUCUGUGCCAGUCGGGGUGACUGUGAGGCACACUACCUAGAUUUACAGGGAAAAAAAAUAUUGCAAGUGAGGUAAAUUCAAGAGGGAACUGAAGGUGCCUAUCCACCGGAAGUCAGGAGCCGACAAUUGCCGAAGAUAUUUAAAGGUCCAAAAUAGCGGGAAAUAUCGCGUUUUCCCGCUGAAUUUCAUCAAAAACAAGCCUGCAGCAUGGAAUGAUGUCUACAAUCCUGGUUGGGCACCCACUGUGAGCAGGAUAGACAUUGCGCACUUUUGCACCCGUUUAAAACAGCUAAAAUGGUCCUUUUUUGCGCUGUAAAUAACUGUGGCAGUCGCGGUAACCGUGAGACACAGUUAUCUUACUUUAGAGUUCCAAAGGUAAGGAAAGAAGAAGGUAAACACAAGAGGGAACUGAAGGGGCAACAGCAGCGGAAGUGGUUAGCAAACAUUGGCCGUGGAGAUAUGAAGAUAGAAAAAAUUGGGACUUAUCGCGUUUGCUCGCUGCAUUUCAUCAAAAACAAGCCUGCAGCAUGGGAUGAUGUAAACAAUCCUGAUUGGGCACCCACUGUGAAUAUGGGACGCGGCGACGACAAUGAGCAGGGUAUACAACGUGCACAAGAACGCCAUGCACGUGCAACAAGAAGAGAGAGUAUUAAAGCAGAUGUUGUUGCAGCUCAAGCAUCUGUAGCUCUGCAAGUUGAUGCUGAGCAGGCUGAUGAUUAUGAGAACUUUGAACCGGUGCUGGAAGUACACCGUCAACUUGACAUAGAAACACAAACACCAGUCAAAGAGACAAUGGACACAUCAACACAAACAGACAUGUGUGGAGUAGACAUAACAGUACUGGAAGCACAACUAUACCAAAAAAAUAAAGAGCUCACCAAAGCUAGACAAGAAGCAGCCAAAAUUAAGUUAACACAAGAAAGCCUUUCCAAGGAUGACAAAAAGGUUAGGUUCUACACAGGUUUACCAACAUUUGCAGUUUUGAUGCUGAUCUACGAUUAUGUUAAGGACAAGCUCACCAAAAGACGUUCACUAACACAUUUUCAGCAGUUGCUGAUCGUCUUGAUGAAGCUGCGACUUGCAGUGCCUCAUGAGGAUCUUGCAUAUCGAUUCCUUGUUAGUAAUGCCACAAUAUCGCGUGUAUUCACUAGUGGGAUUGAUGCCCUUCAUGGCUUAUCCAAGUUAAUCAUUUGGCCUGAAAGAGAUGUUCUGUGGAAAACCAUGCCCAUGCAAUUUCGGCGGACAUUUGGAAAGCGUGUGGCAGUGAUCAUAGAUUGCUUUGAAAUAUUUUGUGAUAGACCUACGAGUUUAGAGGCGCGCGCACAGACUUGGUCUAACUAUAAGCACCAUAACACCAUCAAAUUCUUGAUAGGUAUUACACCAUGUGGUGCUAUUUCAUUUCUAUCUGCAGCAUGGGGGGGCAGAGGCACAGAUAAAACAAUUACACUUUCAUCUCAAUUUUUUGACAACCUGCUCCCUGGAGAUGUCAUUUUAGCUGAUCGCGGUUUUGACAUAAAAGAUGCUGCAGGAUUUCACGGGUGUCAAGCAGAAAUCCCUGCAUUUGUAAGAGGGAAAGCACAACUAUCUGCGCUGGAUGUUGAAAAAACUCGUGAAAUAGCUAAUUUACGCAUUCAUGUAGAGCGUGUCAUUGGUGGGGUCAGGCAAAAAUUCCCAUUUCUAAGUCAUACUGUGCCAUUGGAGUACAUGAUUACCAACUCUGAAAAUCAAGUACCCAAAAUUGAUAAAAUUGUAAGGGUCUGUUGUGCACUUUUUAACUUAAAUGACUCCAUAAUGUCACAGUAGAUGCAGACAAUUGUACUUUAGCAUGUUGUGCAAAUACGAACAAUAAAAACUUUCAACAGUU